AUGACAUCAAAAACAACUGUGUCGUCAACAACAAAAAGAAAAAUUGGAAAAUCAACCAAACGUGUACCUAUAAUCGAUACCAGUCAAGCUAGAUCGAAUAUCCAAGUUCUUCGAAUGUGUCUACAAGAACUUGGCUGGAAAGAAUGUAUUAUUGGUUCUUCUACAGAGCCAGAUAUCUAUUGGCAUGCGGGAACAUUUCAUGACGACAAUAAGAAUUUUAAGUCGACUUCAGCUAGAAUAAACAAGUUUCCCGAUGGCUCAGAAGGUGAAGGUAUCUUUUUAAUUCAAGAUUCAACUCGCUGUACGAUGGUUAAUCGACCGUACAUCAUUCAAGAAUACGUUGAUCGACCAUUACUAAUCAAUGGUCUUAAAUUUGACAUGAGAAUCUAUGUACUGAUUCUAAAAUUGGAUCCAUUGGAAGUUCUACUCUAUGAUGAAGUGAUUAAGCGGGGAUAUAAAGCUAUGAGUAAUCGACCAUUUCGUAAUUUCGCAAGCAUUUGUGGCAUUAUCGACGAAUCAAUUACUAUGCCAAGUAUUGAUUUGCUCUACAUUCAAAUCUUUAACAAAUGCAAAGAAUACGCCUCGCAAUCUCCUGCAACUGGACUAAACUUUUCGGCAUUUGUUGAAGCCUUUUUUCUAGUUGCUCAACGUAAAUAUCCGACUUCUUCGAGUCUUCUUGAGAUUGUCACUGAGUUGGUUGAGUCAUGUAUUCAUCACUUGGAUCUUGUUGUCGACGAAUCUCUCUAA